UUAAUUUAAUUAUGCUGCUGAAGUAAAUUUAAUUGGAUUUUCCAGCGUGCGUCUGGUAACCCUGAAAUUGCAAGAGAAUCGUGGGUUGCACGAAGUGGAGAAUUGGCUUAUGGCAAGGGGAAUGCGGGUCUCUCUCCAGCGCCAGCGCAGAGAUUUUGAUUUUCAGAGACUUGGAGACACAUUGCCACAUUGUGGUCGCAAUGGCUUUUCAGUUGAAGCGCAACGUUAGCCGGUGACGGGCGGUGGGCUGUAGCGAAUAUACCCGAUAUAUACCCGAUACACACAGUAACACCGUAGUAACCAGCAAAGUCAGCAGGCGUAGGCGGAUCCAAAACAGUUGCACAACUGCAUUUCGCCAGGAAAUUCGAAAAACGCUGAAGAGCAGAACUUAAGUUAAUGCCGCGGAAUGUUUUUAAACCAAUUUCAAUGGGUUAAAAGUCAUCAAAAAGCAAAGCUUAACCCUUUGGAGGUGCGGUGUGCCUGUUUAUUAUUUUUUUUUUGCGGAUUUCACGUCGUCUGGUUACUGUUCCCGUAGCCGUGCCAAAAAAAUCGAUAAUUCCGUGCUGUAUAAGUUACGGCGAAAGGUGCGCGGAUAUUCCGUUCGGGAUUUGAGUUCGGUUCGGGUGAAUUGAGGACCACAGCCAAGUGUGCGCGUAAGAGAGUGUGUGGAGCAAGAGAUUUGCAAAUCACAAUAAACCACUCGAAGUUGCAAAUUCAAAGCUCAGAAUGGAGUUUUCUGCACGAAAAAUAUAAUAGUUUGUGAUCAGUCCAGACAUCGGAAUAUUUGGAAAAUAUGCUAUAAAACUCGGAAUACAACUUCUUUAAACCAGGAAACCGAAGAGAGAGAGCAGGAACUCUAACUCUCUCGCCGCUACCGUUACUCGUUGACUACGCAUUUACAACCGAAGAGAGUGCGAGAGAACGUAAACGUGAUUGAAAUUUUUGCACAAAAGGGAUGCACGACGAAGCAGCUCGUAAAAAUAACAAACAAAAAUACAUGCGGAGGCGUAUAAAUAGAAACGGCGUGUAAAGCGCAACGGCACAAAAGUCAGUAGUAUGUAGUAAUAGUAGCGCGAACAGAAGGCGAAGGAGAAGCACAAGCACAAGCAGAAGCAGAAGGAGGAGAGGAAUAGCGAAUUCGACGUCGACUGCGGCGCCGACUGCGACUGCGGCGUCGUAGUAAGUUUUCUGCACUGUGUGUGUGCGCUGCGUGGGUGCAUCGUUGUCGUUGUGUGCGUGUGGCAUGCGAAGUGAAUAACAGCCAAAGCAGAAAAUCAUGAUAAAGUUUGUCAGACAGAAAAAUCGCGAAAAUACACUGAGGGAAUCGAAAAAUUUUAUGCGUAAAAAGCGUGAAUCGAAUGACUCUGGCACCGAAUCUGAUGGUGAACUCCUCGAUGUGGAAAACCAACGUCACUUAGACGUGGAUAUGGAAACUAGUGUUGCUGGCCAAAAACCAAUAGCUUCUGCAAUGAUGUGUCACCAGCAGACGUCGUCAUCCUGCGCCCAUCUCAUGUACGACCAGCACAGUUCCGAGGAGGAGUUGGAGGUGAUCAACGGGCCGUCCUCGCAGGCGGGUCAGCAUCCCGGAACGGCGGCCACAGGCUCAUCGUGCGCCUCCCGGAUCUCGAAUCGCGGAUGCACCUCCUCGCUGGACACGGAGGCGCCCUACGAGGAGCGGGCCACCACCUCCAACUCGAAGCGUUCUAGCUCCACGUUGAUGGUGGAGAACCGCAAGCGAUCGCUGGCCCACAGCUCCGACGAUGAGUUGCGCAACUCGCUGGAGCCGAUAUUGACGCCCGUGAAUUUUCGCACAUCGCCGCCAUUGGAGGCAUUCAAGCCAAAUCGUAGCCAUAUGAUGUUCCGCUCCACAACGCCACUGAUAUUAUCGGAGGCCCGAUGUGGCAUCGAAAAUAUUAAAUUAUGUGAUAAUAGUGUAAACGAGGAGAAUGGUGACAACGGUGGUGGCGGUGGCGUGGCCAAUAGCAGUAAGUGCGCCAAGAUUGGUGCAGGUAAUGCCAGCGGAACUGGGACCGCAACCGGAAACGGAAACGGCGGCAACGAGAAUGAGCCGAGUGUGAUCAAGGCGUGCAGCAGCUCGCUGAAGAUGAGCAACAGCAGCCACCACAUUUACCAGCCGCAGCCGAAGUAUAGUUUCCACUACAACAGCUCGCGGAGCAGUCCGGCCAGCACCACUGGCCUGGAUAUGGAGGUGCGUUCGGUCAGUCCGCCGGCGAAACUGUUCCACUGCGCCAUAUCGCCCAGGCGGCGACCCAGUAACAAUGCCAGUGGUGCAGCCGGGGGCGCCACAACAAUAUCACCAUCGUCAGCAUCAUCAUCGUCAGCCACAACAACGACACACAAUGCUGCCAAUUCCGCCGGAAAUGCCGCUAACGUCACCGCCGUCGCCACCCAGAGACUGCAGCGACCGCAUCGGCCGUGUUUAGAUUUUGAUAAGAUGCAGCAGGUUAGUCUCUAAUGCAGAGCACGCUAACACCAGAGCAGCAGCCGGAAAAGGAUCGUCGUCGGAUUGGGACGGGGAGCAGGAUGGUCAACGGAACGGGGGGCAAAUCAAAGACUUUUUAUACGAACCAACAACCACAGCAGGCCGCUGAAACUGAAACAGCAUUCGGAGGAUAACCAGAGUGUCUAGGGGCUAGUAAAACCCUUAGAUUAUGUGAGCGAGCAGUUUCAGGAUUCAGAUUCAAGCGCAAACAGCAGCGGGAAAUAUCAUCAAAUCAAAUUAUAUAAAUCUAAAGGUAAUUCAAAUUUUAACGCAAACCAAAAACACAAAAAAGAGACAAACCUAAAAUUUACAAUAGAUGCAGCUAUUUUUUCACAAUUUUAAACUGAAAAACUGUAACAAAACUGUAAUGCGAACACUGAUCGAAAGAUGAGGACGAACAAUAGAUUUAUAGAAGCUCCGGGAUGUAAAGAUCGAAAGUUGAGGCAAAAUUGAAUAGCGCGGGGGGUUUAGAGACGGAAAAUCAUAUGCCAGCUGUAUGAUAGAAAGGAUCACAAGAGUUGAUUAAAAAUAUGUAUAAGGAAAAGCUCUGGGUGUAUGAAUUAGAUGAUAAAAAGCCAGCCAGUGGAAACUGUGAACUGUAAAUAUUGUAUUUGUGUGGGAUAAACCAAAAAUCUUUUGAAGAAUUGGCAUGCCAUCGAUAGCAGAAAAUGCGAUAUGGGGGUGUAGAACGGUAGAAUGUAUUUUAAUUUUUUAAAAAGCCGAAGAAAAACACUUGUGGUGAUGUGGCAGAAGACUCAAACUUGCAAAAAAGAGACAAAUUAUAUUUCUAUAAAACGAAGGAAAGCUGAGAAAAGCGGAAGCGGCUAGCGGGAAAUUUUGAAGGUACGGACGAUGAAAUAGCAACAGCAACAAUGUGAAGCAACAAUAGCAACUGAAAUAAUAUGAUAUAAACAGACAAACAGAACCUUUUGUAAUGAUCAAGGGGGGGAGCCGGAAAACGAAUCUGUCGCAGCGACAGUUGAAAAACAGUAAAAUUAUGUGUUUUAUGUACAACAUAAGAUAGCAAGCUAUUUUAUACACAAUAUUCAAUUUAUCCACAUCUAAGAGAAACGAUUUAAACCAAAAAGGUGCCAUCAACACUCAUGCAUACGAUUAAAGCUCUUUAGUUUUACCAAUAUGAUUGAUGAUUGCUUGGUGGACAACUAGUAAGCGCAACAACUAAACAAUUGGCAAAUGUUUGCAAGCUCAUAUGUGUAUUAGUAAAGCAUAAUUACUACCCUUCUUUGUCGCGUAUAUGAAGAAUCUAACGAAAGAGAUCACAGCAAGUAAACCCAUAUUCAAUUCAAGGAAAACCAAAUGAAACGCAAAAACUAAAAACUAAAAAACCAGUAAUGUGUGCAACCAUAGCAAAGCAAAAGUAAACGAAACAUACUUUUUUAAGUACCAUAUAUAUGUAAAAGCAAACAAUGAUGCAAGUCAGAGCGAAAUAUUCAAUGUAAUGAUAAUUUUAAAUCAUAUUUACUAACGAAAGGCAGGCUAAAUUUCAGUUAACUCGAAUCGAAGAGUAGCCAAUGGAAUCGCAGUGUUUCGUAUGCUAAUUUUCUCAAUAACCAACCAACCAUCUCAUGCCCACUAAAAACGUUUCACACACAAUCCCACAAUCAACACUUGAGACACUCGACACACUCAACCUACCAAGACAGCAUAAUCCACACCACCAAGACACCAAGAAUCUAUGUAAUAAUAGCGGGGAACCGAAGCUGGAGGAGUUAGGAUCAGGCUGGGGGAUACGAAGUGCAGAUAUGGUACUGAUACUAGGAAUGCAGUUUUCGUAAUUUUUAAUUAAUUAAACAAAAAGCAAGCGAGGAUGAACAGAUGAAUUAUAUUAUAUAUGUGUAACAAACGGGAGAAUCGGAGGAUAUUAUGGACUGAGCGUACAUUAAAGCGUGGAAAAGAUAGGAAGCUGGUGGAUCAGCCAAUACUAGGAUUUUAGUUUAUAAGCUCUGAAGCGAAAGGAGGUUACAGUGAGAGAAUAGAAUGGCUAACAAAUACGGAAAGCACACACAAAUCUAUGGAAUGUAUGGCUGCGGGGCGUUUAUGUUGAAUAUUUUUGAGAAGCAAAACAAAAAAAACGACGAAAAAAAAGGCAAGAAACCAAUUAUGUUGUAAACAAAGAAUACAAAGAUUUCAUUGCGUUUUGGGCCCGCUGACAGGCGCCCAAACACUUGUGUUGUACAUAGUUACAUUAUUAAUAACAAUAUAUAUACUUACUCAUUAACAAUUAAGUCGACGAACGGUACAAGUGCAAAAAGAGAGACAGAUGUGUGAAAAACAAAAA